AUGAAUGCGGACCAUCACAUACAACAGCAUCAGCAGCGCCAGCAACAUCAGCAGCGUCAGCAGCAUCAGCAACACACGAUAUUACAAAAUGUGCCGAAUACCAACAAUGUCGGUGCCGAUCUGCUGGCGUCACAACAUUUCAACGCUACCGCAGUCUCCUCGAACAAAGAGGACGUAAUGGUAAACCCUGGAGGAAGAGAACUGCCCAUGCCUCUGCACCAACAGCAGUAUAUAUAUCCUUACUAUCAAUACGCAAAUAAUAGCAGUAACAGCACUAGCGUCGCUACUGCCAACAACACUUCCGCCUCUCCGGUCAUUCACAGUAACAGCAACAACAGCAACAACUCUGCUUCUGAUCCCUCUGCGGCAAACAACAACAACAACAACAACAACAAUAAUAUUCACACAAACCAAUUUGCUGCGGCGGCCGGCAACAUGAACGCGAACGCAGCGGCGGCUGCUUACUAUGCUUUCCCACCUUCAAACAUGCCAAUACCGCAACAGGAGCAACAGUACAUGUUCAAUCCCGCCUCUUACAUCGGCCAUUAUUAUUCUGCCGUGAACAACAACAAUAACAACAAUAACAACGGGAACAACGGUGGCAGCAAUCCUCCUAACCCUGUUCCUCCUCCGCCCCAUCAUCAGCAACAGCAACAGCAACAGCAACAGCAACAGCAGCAGCAACAGCAGCAGCAACAGCAUCAUCAUCAUAGCAGCGGCCACAACAACCUCAACAAUAGCACUGUAAAUACGAACAACGGCCCUCCACACCACCCGACAAUAAUAACCGACCAGUUCCAAUUUCAACUACAGCAAAAUGCCCCUUCGAGCCUAAACCUUAACAUCAAUCCGGCACAACCUUUACAUCUCCCUCCCGGCUGGAAGGUGAACACCAUGCCGCAGCCGCAUCCUGCCGCGCCUUCCAACCAUCCAUCUGUAGCGGCACCCCCCUCCAACUCCGUGGCUCUCCAUGCUCUCCCCACCUCGUCUUCUACCCAUAGGUAUAUUCAUCAAUGUCAAUUCUGCGAGAAAUCAUUCAAGAGGAAAUCAUGGUUGAAAAGACAUCUAUUGUCGCAUUCUCAGCAAAGACACUUUUUGUGCCCUUGGUGUUUGAGCAGGCAGAAGAGGAAAGAUAAUCUUUUACAGCACAUGAAACUCAAGCAUACAAACUACUUGUUGGACGAGUUGAAGAAAAACAACAUCAUCUUCAAUUAUAACAAAACUUCAACGAACAGUAAUGAUAACAAUAACAGCACUAGCACUAGAACCAGCGCUAGCGCUAGUAGCGGCGGCGGUGGCGGUGGCGGUGGCGGUGCAGCCGCUGCGGCUGCUCCCGAAAAUGAAGACGGGAGCAGCUACGAUCCAAACAUCAAGACCUUAAUCAACGAUGGCGUACUGAACAAGGACGACGUUAAGCGUGUUUUGAAUAACCUUAUUGUUAGUCAUAACAAGUAG